ACGAAUAUUGAUCGAUUAUUACGCGAGCUGCCUUACAUUUCGGUGGAAGAUUUCCGCAAUAGCCCAAACAGCAGGCAACCAGUCAGACAUCUCAGCAUGCUGGGCUUACAAACUCCAUGGACUUUUGAGAACCAUGAUUUCGUCAUGGGUCGUGAACUAAUAAGGUCGUUUUAUGACCGUUUAGGCACCGUUUUUUUCUUUUUUUUUUUCCCUUUCGCAUGGGAUUCUUUCGAGAACGCAUUAAAUAAAUUCGAUCUAUCGGGUUCCGCGAAGCUCUGAGACAAAAAUUUUAGGAUAUUUGACCUUGCCAAUAUCCAUUAAUAACUCGUGUGUUAUUUAUAUGUGUCCGUAGGCAAAAACUCAAGAUGGCCAUGAAAAACAAAACGCGUAUGGACUUCUACUGUGUACUGAGCAAUUAUUUCAGUUGGAUUCUCACAAAAUCACUUCCAUCCUGCACGAAUCAGCAAUAUUUAAUAAGCAUCUUAUCAUACGCAACUUGGAUUAGACUGCAACCGGGAUUGUUUACGGAAUGGAAGAUAUUAAUGAUCGAGGUCGUCUAUCGCUUCAUACCAGCAAUUCCAGAAGAUAUAAUUGUUAGUUUACUCUAUGCGAGAUGCCAGACUGCCGUCGAUCUUAUCAGACUCUGCAUCCUUGCCAGGAACAGCCACCAGCGAGGCGUUAUCCGAUGA